AUGAAGGCGGUGAGCCCCGUGCGCCCCUCGGGCCGCAAGGCGCCGUCGGGCUGCGGCGGAGGGGAGCUGGCCCUGCGCUGCCUGGCCGAGCACGGCCACAGCCUGGGUGGCUCGGCGGCCGCGGCGGCCGCGGCGGCGGCAGCGCGCUGCAAGGCGGCGGAGGCGGCGGCCGACGAGCCGGCGCUGUGCCUGCAGUGCGAUAUGAACGACUGCUACAGCCGCCUGCGGAGGCUGGUGCCCACCAUCCCGCCCAACAAGAAAGUCAGCAAAGUGGAGAUCCUGCAGCACGUUAUCGACUACAUCCUGGACCUGCAGCUGGCGCUGGAGACGCACCCGGCUCUGCUGAGGCAGCCGCCGCCGCCCGCGCCACCGCACCACCCAGCCGGGACCUGUCCGGCCGCGCCGCCGCGGACCCCGCUCACGGCGCUCAACACGGACCCGGCCGGCGCGGUGAACAAGCAGGGCGACAGCAUUCUGUGCCGCUGAGCCUCGCUGUCCAGGUGUGCGGCUGCCUGCGCCCGAGCCAGGAGCACUAGAGAGGGAGGGGGAAAGAGCAGAAGUUAGAGAAAAAGCCACCCGAGGAAAGGAAAGGAAAGGAAAGGAAAGGAAAAAAAAAAAUCAGCAAAUCCUAGAAACGUUACAUUUGUCAUUCCAAGAGCGGGGGGAAGAAAGAUAAAACUUUCAUCGUUUUUUUUUCUUUCUUUCUUUUUUUUUUUUUGCACGUUCAUAAACAUUCUACAUAUGUACUCUCUUUUGUCUCUUCAUUUAUAACCGCUGUGAAAUGUACAUUUCUGUGUUUUUGGAGGUGCAGUUAAACUUCUAAGCUUAAGUGUGACAGAACUGAUAAAUUAGAAGAUCAAGAGAAAAUCAACUUUAGAAGCCUACUUUGUGACCAAGGAGCUCAAUUUUUGUUUUGAAGCUUUACUAAUAUAACAGAGCAUUGUAGAUAUUUUUUUUUGACAUCUAUUGUUUAAAAUAGAUGAUUAUAAUGGGGGGGCAGGGAACUUUCUUUUCCCUGCAAGAAUGUUACAUAUUGUAUAGAUAUCUGAGUGACAUUUCAUACCAUGUAUAUAUAGAGAUGUUCUAUAAGUGUGAGAAAGUAUAUGCUUUAAUAGACUACUGUAAUUAUAAGAUAUUUUUAAUUAAAUAUUUUUUGUAAAUA